AUGCACACUUCAUAUUUUGGUAUACGUCCCAAUAGUAAUGCAUUUUUCUGUUGGCUUACUUGUCUUCGACUUCAAGAGCCUGGUUGUUCAAGUGAGCUGACUGGAGUUGAGUUGGCUGAAGCAGAGCUUUUACAAAUCAAGAUAACAAGCGCAGGGUUGUGGUCACGUAACUAUGAAAGUACUGCUGCAGAUGUUGUCAAAGUUGAAGCUGCAGCUGACAAUUUAGAAGUCUCAAAGAGUGAUCAAGAAAUCUCUACCAGUGAAGAGAAUGCUGAUGAGAUAUUUCUUAAAAUUGAUAAGGAAGAGCACCGCAGUAGUUUCUCAGUGUCUGCAAAAGAGACUGUCAGAGCAGCUAUUCUUAGAUUUCUCAAAAAGUGUCAUAGACGCAUAUCUUUUGUUCUACAGCACACAGCACGAAUUCUCAGAGGUGUUAGAAAAAUAUGGAACAUCAUCGGCAUUCCGUUGAAUCUUGAUGUGCCCAAAUUGUUGCAUUUGCUGUAUAUGGAUAAGGUCAAUUCCUAUGCAGUUCAAUGGCUCGAGAGAAGAACUCAAGAGUUUGAGCCCACAUAUCUAUAUACCAUGGAAAAGGGUUACUUUUUGCUGCCUGACGAAGCUAAGUCACGGCAUAACAUUCGCACUGCAAAUGUUAGCAUAUCAGCACGACAUUCCUGCUUUGGCAACAGGUGGCAGCAACUUCUUAUAAACAGAGUUGUAGGAUAUGAUACUAUCAUAAUGAAUAGCUUGCAGAACUCUGCUGGUCAAGGUUAUCUAUACAACUUCCAGACAAGAGAGUUUUACAAUCUUAGUUACUCCCAAGAACUUUCUGAAGGUUCUUCGCAGUUUGGAGAUUACUUGGUGACGAAAUGUGGUGUGCUUAUGAUGUCACUUUUUGUGUUUUUCACCACCACAAUGUCUGUGUCAUUUACAUUGCGAGAGACACAAACUCGCAUGUUGAAGUUCACAGUGCAGCUUCAACACCAUGCUCAGCAUCGGUUACCAACAUUUCAGUUGAUCUUUGUGCACGUUAUUGAAUCCCUCGUCUUUGUACCGAGUCGUUCACUCUCAACAGGCUUCUCUUAUCUCGCCUUAAUGACAACCGCUGCGUUCAUGCAUCACUUGAUUUUAUACUUCUGGAACCGCUUUGAGGUACCUGCUCUUCAAAGAUUCCUUCAAAGCCGACAGUCACACCUUCAACAACACCCAGACUUCCACAUCACUUCGUCAACAAUCCUAGCAUCAACACUUCACAUCACAAGGCUGAACAGAACAACAAGAAACCGAUCUCCUUCUGGUCCAAACAACACAGUCCCAAACCAAAACACUGAAACAAGAUCACCAGCAGCAGCAGCGGACGGAGGAGGAGGAGGAGGAGACGAGAAUCCGAUGCAACAUCAAGAGCGAGAAGAGAACAGAGCAAACAACAACAUUCCCGCAGAGCCGCCUAACCCUCAAGCAGGAGCGAUGAGCUCCUUCAGCUCGAUGCUGCUAUGGAUUUUAGGCGGUGCUUCCUCAGAAGGACUUAACUCGUUUCUUUCCAUGUUUAGAGAUGUGAGAGACGAAGAUGAAGCUCAAGUCUUUGCUGAUGCUUCCUCUCAAAACCCUCAUCAUGAUCCUCUUGAAGUCGACUAA